AUUGACGCUCAGGCUCUCCGUGACCUCUCCUUAUGGAGCUGCAAGCAGACGAUUCCGCGACUUUUCUCAGCGAAAAAUGACGGACGCGCCCAGUGUUGCCGGAGCAACAAGCGUUACGAAUAUCUCCUAUUCCGGUGCUCUCCUUAUGAAAAAUUAAUGUGGCGGUGUGCUCCUGGAGAAACAUAAUGAAAACGUUAUGAAGCGCCGUAAAUGCGUUCGUGUAUUCGCUGGAGAGCGAUGGCCUUUUAAAGUGUUGAAAUCAACCAGAUGAAAACAAUUGCUGAAAGAGCAUUUCAACUUGUAAGAGUGCGUAUCACAUGACUGACUUCAACUCUCUGUGUCUUUCCUCUCUGCAGGUCCUGGGAACAAUUGAAUUAUGGACGAAGAAUCGUGUCGCUUCGUUGAAGGCGUGUGGAUGCACAACUUCUUUCGGGACGACGCCAUCCGCUCUGCCAUCAAUUACAAGCCUCGGGAAGGGGACAUCAUUGUCGUAACGUACCCGAAAUGCGGCACAAACUGGAUGGUGUUUAUCGUUUACAGCAUACUCAUGCGUGGCAAACAACCUUCGGACACUGUCGAAUACUAUCGCAUGUGUCCGUUUAUCGACGUGAUUGGAACUGCACUUGCUGAGCACCCUUCCAGGACAGGACCAAUAUUUACCCACCUUCCAAUGAGUGUUUUCCCACCAAUGGGAAACGCGAAGUACGUAUAUGUCGCCAGAAAUCCCUACGACUGUGCCGUGUCCUUCUACCAUUUCCUGAAAGGAUAUACACCUAAAUCCUUCGCGGACGUGUCCUUCGAAAGAUUUCUUACACUUUUCUUGUCCGGCAAGACAAUCACAUCACACUUCUUUUGUGGUGCGCAGGUCACGUACGGUGACUACUUUGACCAUCUAUUGCCCUGGUACGAGCGAAGAAAUGACGCCAACGUCCUUUUUCUUACCUACGAGGAACUGAAGGCGGACACUAAAGGUCAAGUUCUCAAAAUUGCCGACUUCCUCGGUAAACAGUACGCUGCCCCUCUGCGUGAAGACAACAGUGUUCUUCAAGACGUGCUGAACGCCUGCAGUGUGGAAAAUAUGAAGGCUUCUUCAAAGAAAAUCCGAUGGAAACGGCCAUGAAAAUAGCGGCAAUACCAUCGCAGAAGUCGGCUUGCGCAGAAUUGUUGAAGAACCUGCCAACGGAGAGAGUCGCAAUGCACGAAAGCGCUAAGGUUGUGCGUAAGGGUACUGUAGGUGACUGG